AUGCUCAUCUACGUUGGAAAAAUCAACUACUCUCCCUAUGCCGCCGACGAGCUCAUGACUGUCGUCUUCCGAGACAACAUUUUGAAUGGCGACAGGGUGUCUGUCAUUCUUCAAUGGUCUAAAGAUAGUAGUGGGCGAGAAAAAUCAAAUUUCGAUAAACACGGCACCGUUGGGCAGGUUUCUCACACCGGUCCCAUGGAGAAAGAUAUUGAGCUUUUCUCUAAUGAGAAAGCUAGUACUUACUAUUGGUUUAAGGGCAAUGUUUCAGGGGAUAAGAUGACAUUAUCUAUGUGGAAUAAGGGAGGUGAACAGGUCGUAGAGAAGAUUGAGCUACGGCUUGUUUUCUUCUAG